AUUACGACGUGGCUGUUCUGCGACUGAGCCGAGACCUGACCUUCUCGGACUGCGUCAGUCCCAUCUGUCUACCCCAGGCCUGGGAAGAUCCCAAGAGAGCUGAAUACUGCGUGGCGGCCGGCUGGGGGACGGACAACGUGAACUACCCGGGUCUGACCCAGAACCUGCAGAGUGUCCGGCUGCCUAUCGUUGACCACAGUUUGUGUGUGCCCUCGUACGGGAGCAAUUACGUCAACAACCUGAAGAUCUGCGCCGGCGACUUCUACAGAGGCGGUAGAGACACCUGUCAGGGAGACUCCGGCGGACCGCUGAUGUGCAAGUUCGACAACCGCUUCGUGGUGCUGGGUAUCGUCUCCUUCGGCUCGGGCUGCGCCAGGCCACGAUUCCCCGGCAUCUACACACGAGUCUCUCACGAGUCGAUCCUCAGCUUCAUACAACAGUCCACGAGGUUUUACUACUAG